AUGGCAGCUGGAGUGGAGCAGGCUGUGGUGGUGUGUCCCUUCCUGACCCCGGCGUACCAAGCGUCUCGCAGCUGUAAAAAGGAGCUGAGUUACGCAGACACUCGGGAGGUGGCCAUCGUCCCCGUCAUGCUCGCCCACAACUGGGAGCCCAGUGAGUGGCUGGGGCUCGUCACUGCAGGUCUGCUAAACGCUGCCACAGACGAGGAGAGGCUUGAGCUGUGUCUUCAGGCUCUGCAGUCUGAGCUCAUGUUUACCGUUGGUGACUUGAUCACAGCGGAGCAGCCUGAGGAGGAGGCUCCUGAGAGAGCCAGAGAAGUGAACAAGAAACCAGCACGAGCAUUCUGCCACGCUCUGACUGCACUCUACAUCUGUGACACAGCUGAUCCUCUUCCUGAAUCCAACUUGGAGAGAACUACCAUGGAACUCUCGGACCUCACUGCUUCUCACUGUCACUGGGAGGAGCUCAAAGGACUGGGCUGCAAAUUCUACCGCAACGUCCACACCAAGAGAUACAUUAGUUUUGACCCCAUCGCAGAGCAGGUCCUCUCUGUGUGUGGUCAGUCUGAGGAGGAUGAAUGGCUGCUUCUGGUGGACCAGUCGGACCAGAGCCCACGCAGAGCAGUCAUCAUCAAGAACAAAAACUCAGGGAGAUUCCUCGCAGUCAAGGGUCGCGGCCUUGUGGGACUGGAGUCUUACACAGACGAAUGCAAAUGGUUUCUUGACUGA